AUGUAUCCUGUUCCUGGUUCCAUGAAUGGAAUGGAAGGAAAUAAUAGACAUCCUAGGAAACUUAUUUCUUUCCUUUUUGUUUUUGGCAUUUCAUUGUUAUGUGCUGGAUUCCUGCUUUCAAUGUUUGUUUUGCAGACAUGUCCAAGUGGAGCUUUUGGGGACUGUAAAGCAGCCCUUAAAAUCAUUGGGCCUCUGCUUGCUGUGGUUGGUCUAGUGUGUAUAAUUCUGGCACAGUCGAAGGCUAAAGGCUACCUUAGAGAGGUGCAGUUACAAGAUGAUCAGGUGUAUGGUUUUGUGUUUUGCCGCGGAAACUGCCAGUUUGCCCAGUUCCUUGUCUUUGGCUUUUUAUUUUUAACCAGUGGGAUGCUUAUUAGUGUCCUGGGUAUUUGGAUUCCAGGAUGUAGUCCUGGGUGGCACUACCAACCAUUUAACCACAGCAGUACAUCUGAUAUUGAAUUCCAAGACUGUGGAUUUCUCUCUGUUCAAACCAUGGGUCCUUUGAUUGUGCUUAUUGGAUUAUGUUUCUUUGUGAUAGCUCACAUAAAAAAGAAACAAAAUAUAAAUCUUGUCCAAGAAUCUUCUGUAAAUGAAGAAGAGCACCUGAGCCCUGAAUCAUUUCAAGUUACAGUAGGUGAUACUGUCAUGGUGUUCCCACCUCCACCACCACCUUAUUUUGCUGACUGUUCCCUGCAAACAAUGACUCCUAGCCUUGUAAACAGUGACUUGCAUGUAGGGGGAAAUCCUUCACCAUACUGCAGCACUUUUACUCACCAAACACAGACUACUGGUAUAUCAGGCUCAGUUACUUGCAGAGAGAAUGAGCUGCUGCAUACAAUAUCAAGAAGUGAUUCACCCUCUGAAACGUUAUCCAUUCUUUAUCUUGACUCUGAACCAUCUCAGAAAUUCAAGGCAAAAGAAGCAGCUGUGAAUAAUGAAAGUGUUUUGUAUUCUUCUCCCUCUCUGUCUUAUAUGUCUCUGUCUUCUUCUGAGUCUUCUCUUGAAAGAAUUAUCAGCUAAAAAUUCAUUCCCAUGCUCAAUUCAGUGGGCUGAGGGAAAGGGUCCAAGACGAGAAGGGUCCGUGGAAGCAAGGAAUGCUUCAUAACCACCCAUCUCAGUGAGUGCUAGCAAGAACCUGUAGCCUUAUGAGUGGUAGCUUCCCUCCCUUAUACUUUGCUUGUGACUGUGCAAAACUCCAUUCAUACAUUGUCAUCCACUUAUCACCAGCUGUUAGCAGAUCUGAACCAGCAUGGAGGAAGCAGUGACUAGAAAUAAGAAGGAAAAGGGAUUACAAGAGGAUGUGGUGAAAAUAAACUGGAAGAGGGAACCUUGACUCAAAUAGCAAGCCCCAAAGGCAAGACAGCAGAGGGUGCUGCAGCAGAAGCUUGGCUAAUCCAACAGUUACCUUACAGACAAAGCUCUCAGCUAAUCAAGCCCCCUGUGGGAAACAACUUCUUGGAAAGUAUUCAAGAUGAGGCAGACCAGGCAGCCUUACUUAUCCCUAUAGCUGACAUCUUCACAUUUUGUUUGACAUCCAGAUACCCCAAGCAAAAUCAUCCACUGUUUGGGCAAAGUGCUAGGGGCUCACUGGUCACAGAGGAGAGAUUCCAGUGAUUUUGUAUUUAUUUUUCGUUAAUGGUUGUUGACAACCUUUAAAGUAAGGACACUGGAAACCUGAGACAUCGUUCAUUUCAUUGGUAUUGGGGCAGA